CUUCGGCGUCGGCUGCGGCGUGGCCUGGGGCGUCGCCCGCGUCGCGCCGCGCGUCCGGCGCGUCGUCACCGGCGCCGGCGGCGGCGCGGGGGCUGGUGCAGGCUCCUCUUCAGGCUCCUCGGCCUCCUCCUCCUCCUCCUCUUCUUCCUCCUCUUCUUCCUCGGGCUCGGGCUCGGGCUCCGGCGCCUUCUCCUCCUCCUCCUUCUGGCCGCGCGUGCGCUUGCGCGUCGAGGCGCGCGUCGGCGCCGCCGCGGGCUUGGGCUUGGGCUUCGGCGCCGGUUUGGCCGCCUUCGCGGGCGCCUUCGCGGGCUUGGCGGCGGGCUUUUUCGGCGCCGGCUUCGGUUUAGGUGGGGGCUUCUCCUCCUUCUCCUCCUUCUUUUUACCGCCUCUCGUUUGCCGUUUCGGCGCCGGCGCCGGCGCGGCGGCGGCGGCUUUGCGCUUCGAGGACCGCGUCAUGCGUCUAUACAAUACACGUUAAGGUUUAAAAAUAUAAUGCAGCAAUUCCAAUGCAAUUGCAAGCUCGCGCGCCGAGUUGUUUGCACGGGCCAGGGCCGUGUAUGGCGGGCCUAUACAAUCUUGCGGCGCGCGGCAGCGCUCAGCCCAAGAGUUGCAGCAAUUCUUUGUAUCUUAAUAUAAAAAAAUUUGCACUCCUCAGAAUUGCAGAAUUAUGCGCGCGCGGCGCGCGCUAGGGCCCAAUGCCAAAGACACACGGUCGAG